GGUCGCAAACAUAAACAUUAUCAGACGUUGACCGUGGAAUGAUCACGUCUUUUUUUGUCCUCUGUUUUGGCUGAGAUAGAAAACAGCGGAACACAUGGAGGCUACAUUGAUAUAACAAAGAACGACUAGGAAACCCACUAGGAACCGAUUCAAAUGGAUGAGGGUGAAUGCUCAACAGAUGACGAUAACAACUACUCUAUGCUGCAGAGGGAGGAAAAUAUUACAGAGAGGUUGAGCAGUUUGCAUUUUGAGCAAGGAAAAAACAGCAAUCAUGCGAGAGAUUAUGGAUUAACUUUUUUAAAGGUGAUUUCCCGAGCGGGGAUAUCUUUACGGCUUCAAUUGGGAGCUACACUUAAUGAUUUGAUACGACUUUUGAGAAAAUGGUGCUUGGAGGGUCCAUAUGCACCUAAUAUGGGUAUUUUUGUAUGUUAUAGCAGGGGAAAAGAAGUCAGCAUCUCGAACACAUUUGCUGCUGGUGCACAUCAUUGGAAGCAGUUGGCGCUGAUGAUGAAAGAGUGUUUAAAGCAAGAGGAAACUGAGCUAAGAUUGGUGCAGAUGUCCCCCAUGUACCGGUACUAUGGCGAUUUGUAUCCAGACAAUGGACGGGAUACUAAAGAGCCGGCUCUAGAUGGAAUCUUUUUUGCUGAUGACAUGUAUAAACAUGAAUGUAUAGAACUGUAAUUUUUUGUUUCUAUAAUUACUGAUCUGGCUGAGCGAUAAAAAAUGGAAAUAAAAGGUGGCUCAGAAGUUUCGCCAAGCAUUUCUUUUGUACUACAUCUUUUCUUAUAAAGCUGUUUUUAUGUAGCAAGAACAAAACAAAAAGGAGAAAUAGAGACAAUGUAUGGCGAAGAAGUUAAUGGAUGGCUCUUGAACUCAGAAGUGAGUAUUCCCCUAAAGAAAAACUGCAUUAUCGCAUUUGGCAGAUUACCACAUGACGAGAAUGACGACCGAGUUUUCAGAGUGGAAAUUGAUGACCCACAUAUUUCUUCAACCCAUUGCUAUGUGUGGAUGAUCCAGUUUGAUUCAGAUACGCCCCCUGUUUGCUAUUUCCAGGAUGUGUCCACCAACAAUUGCUUUGUCAACAACGUACCUGUUGGUAAGGGGAACUACCGUGUUUUG